AUGGCAGACUUUCUUAUGCCCUCAUCCAAUGAGCGAAAACACUGGGGUGGCAUGAACGAUGUUCGGAGGCGAAAGAAUGCACCAAUUCAUUCAGAGCGGCAUAUGAGGAUCAUAUGCAUAGGGGCUGGGGCCAGUGGGUUGCUUUUCGCGUACAAACUGCAACGGAGCUUUCGGAACUUCGAACUGGUCGUGUACGAGAAGAAUAAGGAGCUAUCUGGGACAUGGUGGGAGAACAAAUAUCCUGGAUGUGCUUGCGAUGUUCCAGCUCACAACUACACUUGGUCGUUCGAACCGAAGCUGGACUGGUCGGCAGUGUACGCCGGGAGCGGAGAAAUCUACAACUACUUCAACGAUUUCGCCAAAAGGUACGACUUGAAACGAUAUUGCAAGGCCGAGCACAAGGUAGUCGGUGCAAGGUGGAAUGUUGAGAAGGGCGGCUACGAUGUUGCGGUACAAGAUGUGGUUUCCGGCGAGACGUUCACCGACUACUGUGACAUUCUCAUCAACGCAGGAGGCAUUCUCAACGCUUGGCGGUGGCCUGCGAUUCCUGGCCUAGACAAGUACAAGGGCACACUGCUGCACACCGCAAAUUGGGAUAACAGCGUGGAUCUCAAGGGCAAGCACGUCGGCUUGAUCGGCAAUGGAUCGUCUGGAAUCCAGGUUUUGCCCACCAUACAGCCACAUGUACGGAAGGUCACAACUUUCAUUCGAGAGCCCACUUACGUCUCGCCCGUGCAAGGACUGGAGCAGCACGUCUUCUCGCCUCAGGAGCUGCGGGAUUUCAAGCAAAAGCCCGGCACUCUGCUGAAAUACAGGAAAGAAGUUGAGACAGGUCUGAAUGGCCAGUUCAGUCUCUUCUUGAAGGGCACCCAGACCAACAAUGACACCCGUGCGUACAUGAUUGACCAGAUGAAGACGAAACUGAACAACAAGUUUCUGGAGUCAAAGCUCAUCCCAGACUGGUCUCUUGGCUGCCGGCGAUUGACUCCUGGUGUAGGCUACCUGGAGUCUUUGACGAAGGAGAACGUCGAAGUCGUCUAUGGCGAGAUCACUGCCGUCACAGAGAAAGGAUGUCUCUCGGACAAUGGCAACGAACAUCCUGUCGACGUCCUCAUCUGUGCGACUGGAUUUGACACUACAUUCAAGCCUCGCUUCCCACUCAUCGGUCCCACCGGCAACAAUUUGCAGGACGAAUGGGCAAAAGAGCCACGUUCGUACCUUGGACUCGCGGCUGCCGACUUUCCCAAUUACAUGAUUUUCUUGGGUCCCAACUGCCCCAUCGGCAAUGGACCAGUUCUUUCCGCCAUCGAAGCUCAGGCCGACUGGAUGAUGGCCGUCAUCGACAGGUACCAAACCUCCAACAUCCACAGUAUUGCUCCCAAGCGAGAGGCGAUUGACGACUUCCUCCUAUGGAAAGACGAGUUCAUGAAGCAGACUGUUUGGGCUGACCCAUGUCGAAGCUGGUACAAAGCAAACCAAGCAGAUGCGCCCGUCACGGCACUCUGGCCAGGCUCGACACUUCAUUACAUUGAGGCGUUAUCAGAAGUACGGUGGGAGGAUAUGGAAGUCAAGUACAACAGCAACAGAUUCACCUGGUUGGGCAGUGGCUUCUCGCAGUGUGAGAGUGAUCCAACGGCGGACUGGGCAUACUACGUCAGGGAGCACGACGAUCAGGAGUUCCAGUCGAAAGGGAAGAGGAGGGAGAUCUUGAACAAGUCGGGCACGAUCACUUCAAGAGCGGCGGUUAAUUUUGCGGGCGAUAAGGAGCUUCAAGCGAACUUGUAA